AUGGGAUGGGGAAGGUCUAGCCCCCCAUGGACACCAGUGGUUGCCAUAGUCCGUUAUAGAAAGCCAAAUAUUCAGCGCCCUCAUCCUCCACAUUGGGAGCGUGCCAAAGUAUUGAAGUUGGUGAUACCACAGUACCCUGAUCCUUUGAAAGAUCUCCCAUUCAAUCUUACCUGUGAAAAGAACACCAUGUAUAAGGAUUUGAACAAGAAAACUGGGUUGCAUCAGUACGAGAAGGUUAUGGUUCGUCUGAUCAAGAAGAGACUGGAUUCAUCCCGAAUGGUGGCUGUGCUCCACCGCAACCGAACUACUCGGGAAGAUGAGUUUGAAGCAAAUUUAUUGAUCCACAAGGAAGGAAUGACCCUGAGGAGUUAUACUGACAAUCUUGUGAUUGAGGCAGUGAAAGAAACUCAGUUUGAGCCCAUUACUUCCCUGUUUGUGUCACAACAGAGUCUCAUUUUCUCUGAGGAACCCAAGGUGGCCUUCCUUUUGAAAGCUGUCAGGAAGAUGCCCACAUUCACCCUUUUGGCUGCAAUAGUGGAUGGGAGCUUCUUAAGUGUGUCUCAAUUGAACUGGUAUUCACGAUUGCCAAGUCUGGAUGUGAUGCGGGCCCAGUUGUGUUCAUCUCUGUCAUCCCUUGGAAGUCAACUGACCAAUGUGCUCACUCACCACCCUUCUGAACUUUCACGGUGCUUAGACGAGCGUCAGAAGGCUGUGAAUGCACCUCCCAGUGACUCGACUUGAUGUGCAAUUUUGCAAUAAAGUAC